AUGUCAAACUUCACCAGCGGCUUCCACGUCCCGCCCCAACACCCAUCUCAUCCUCAUCCCGCCCCUCAACCCAUAACAUUCACCUUCUCGCAACCCAACUCCAAGAUCUUCGACUGCACCAUCUCCGACUCUUACGGCUCUACACCCUUCAGCAUCCACUCCUCAUCCUUCUACAACGCCGCCAUCUAUCAAUUUGAGCGGACGAAAUCGACGUUGAAGGGAAGCGAUGGGGCGGUGAUUGCGGUGGUGGAUUGGGAGCAUUCGAGUCCGAGGGUAUUGGUGACGAGUGUGGGUGGAGGGGGGAAGGUUAAGUGUAAGGAGUGGUUUCCUUAUGAUAAGGCGACGAGGACGAGGACGAUUGGCCAUGCGGGGAGGUUGUAUAUUGCGAAAUGUCAUCCAGACAGGACAGUACACUUCACAUCCCGCGAACAACCCACCCACCCCCUCGCAAUCUGGCAUCAACCGCAAGACAAACACCAACCUUCCUCCAUCGUCGUAUACCCUGAUACGUUCUCCGUCCCCGGUCUCCUGGAGGUGUUUAUUCUGGCUACGUUCUUGUUGGCGAGUGGGGCGUCGAUGGGGGAUCAUGGCGAGAAGGGUUUUUUUGCUGAGGCUGUUGCGGAUGGUGUGGGCGAGUCGAUUGGAGAGGCGAUCGUGAAGGGGUUGUUUGGUGGGCAUUGAGGAGGAUGUGAUAGGUCCUGGUUCAGCUUGUGCGCGUCAUGCAACGUUGUGGUACCCGCUGGAUAAUCUC